AUGUCGAGAAAAACAGUCAAAAAGGUCGCAGUGAUUGGUCUUGGGCCAGCGGGCAUCAUUGCGAUUGAUGCAUUGGCGCGAGAGCAGACGUUUACUGUCAUUCGGGCCUUUGAGCGACGCUCGGGGCCAGGAGGUUGCUGGAGCGAGGAUGCAGUGCCGCCGACUCAUAUCAAAGACUUUGCGCCACUGGCGACACGAACGGCCGACAGCACGCUGCCCAUCCCCGACGGCCUUCCAGCAUAUACACCAAAGUCGACACAGCCGCGAUUCGACGAAGCGACCGUAUACCCAUAUCUCGAGACCAACAUUGACCAUCGUGCGAUGAUGUUUGAGGACAACCCCAUGCCUGAGGAAGCCAGUUCGCGCUCCGUCUCCAUGUACGGACCCAGCACGCCCUUCCGGCAUUGGUCGGUAAUCCAGCGCUAUUUGAGGGAUCUGACUGAACGCAACGGCUACGAAGACCUUAUAUCCUACAAUAUCUGCGUCGAGCUGGUCGAGAAGGUUGCUGACCAAUGGCGGGUCAUCCUGCGAAGAGAAGGAGUGAAGCAAGACUACUGGUGGGAGGAGAGGUUUGAUGCUGUUGUUGUGGCGAAUGGACACUAUUCGGUCCCAUACAUCCCUGCGAUUCCCGGCUUGCAAAAGUUUGCACAAUCUCGCCCCGGAAGCGUCAUACACUCCAAGCACUUUCGCGGGAGAGAGAGCUUCACAGGCAAGCGGGUUGUUGUCGUGGGCCGCUCCGUCUCGGCCGGCGAUAUUGCAUUCGACCUUGUCAAUACGGCCAUCGCUCCCGUACACGCCAUAACGAUCGGACACGCAGCAAACGGUUAUUUCGGCGACGAAGCGUUCAACCACCCUGGAAUCCGUAACCAUCCAUCGAUUGAACGAAUCAGUCCAGAUCGAACAGUCCAUCUGCUGAAUGGCACCACCAUUUCCAACGUCGAUCAGAUCAUCUUCGGCACGGGCUACACCUGGACGCUCCCUUUCUUAGCGUCCACCGUUCCCACCGCGGGCAAUCGUGUGCCGGGUCUCUAUCAACAUGUCGUAUGGCAGCGAGACCCCACCUUGCUGUUUGUCGGCGCCGUGCAAGCCGGUCUGACGUUCAAGGUCUUUGAAUGGCAGGCAGUAUUUGCCGCGAGAUUGCUCGCCGGACGUGCGAAGCCGCUACCCUCACUGCAGGAGAUGCAGGAAUGGGAGGAGGCUCGUAUCAAGGCACGUGGCAAUGGCCCGAAAUUUGCCCUUAUCUUCCCCGACUUUGAGGCAUACUUUGAGAAGCUCCGCGAGCUGGCGGGUCCUGGGGAGGGUGAAGGAGGUGUCGGAAGGCGAUUGCCCAAGUUCCAACCGGAAUGGAAAAUAGUCUUUAUGUCAGGACACGAGCUCAGGAAGGACUUCUGGAGGAAGGUGAAUGCAAGAGCGAGAGCGUCGGAGCAGAUUCAGAGUAGACUGUGA